AGCCCAUGUUAGACCCCAAGUAUGCUGGCAAGAGCAUCCUGUCUGGUGCAGAGAUCAACAAGGCCUAUGGUGUCAUCACUACCGUGUCUCGCCACCUUGGCCUGGAUGCUAAGCUUCUUAGCAGUCUGGCGAUGUACACUUCCAAGCAAGGGCAGGUGUGUGUGGUACUGAGUUCACAAGAGUAGUCUUUCAUUGUAUGUUUGGGAUGUACAUGUUUUUACAGCUCAUCCCACCCCUCCCAUGGGGUGGUUAUUUUUUAAUCCCAGGUAGAAACGGUGCCUGUAAAUCCCUGUGUUGUUACAAUGUCUUACUUUGUAAGCAUGGACUUUCAAUGGUUCAUUUUAAGUCAAUCUACAUUGACUGGAAAACCGUCUGUCAGCCACAAAGCCCUUUUUAAACUACUCAUGUGACUGAUCAGGAAAACACAAGUCAGAUAAUUGAACAUAGACAUACUCAAGGUAAUACAUCUUGGUGACUCAUGAGGGCUGUGACUUUGCCAGGUUUUGAUGGCUGAAAGCCAUGCUCAGUUUCUAGAGAAAACGUAUACGAUUCCCCAGCCUGCAUAGGUAUGAAUCCCCUUUCAGACCUGUCUCUUGGAUUUUCGCACACCGUUGUAAAAUGUUGACUCAUUGUGAUGUCUUUCCCUGUCCAGUGGUUUUACCACAUUGCGGCCUGCCUGGCUGAGUUCCUGGAGCUGAAGGAUCAGACGCUACCUCUGGGCUGUAACUUCUCCUUCGAGCAGAAAGACAUCGACAAGAGUAUCCUGAUCCGUUGGACCAAAGGCUUUCUUUAACUGUUCAGGAGUGGACGUGGUCAGGCUACUGAGAGAAGCCAUCCACAGCAGAGAGUUGCAAUGGUGAAUGACACUGUGGGUACCAUGAUGAGUUGUGGAUACAGGGACCAGAGCUGUGAGAUUGACAUGAUCAUUGGUAGGUAGUACCUAUCUGUACUGCAGCCACACUACUGCAAAUAUAGCAUUAGAGGAAAGAACACAAAUAAAGGCAAAAGAUGCCCCAUUUAGCCUAGAAAGUGAAGGAGAGGGGGACUGUAGUAACCAUAUAUAAGUCAUAUUAUCAUGUUAUUACAAAUUGCUUGCCACAAUGUUAGGGAUGUCAAGGAUAACCAUGGAGUCCUAUCUUGAAACAUAUCAUGUAGUUUAGUGCCAUUUCUAGCACUUCCACAAUGCAAUGGCUCCCUCUGCUGGAGAUGAUAGCAAAGGGGUUUUGUUUGCGUUUUUGUGUGUGUGCAUGCAAUAUGUUGCAUUCAUUUCUGUGUAAGAUUCUCUGCCUCCCCAGGGACGGGGACAAACGCAUGUUACGUGGAUUAGAUAAAUAACGUGAAGAGAGUGGGCGGGGAGGAUGUAUGUAUUUGCAGGUAGCCUGCAGGUAGGAGCAUUGGGUCAGUAACCGAAAGGUGACCGACAAGGGUUGGGGCGUGUUGACCUGAUGGUGGAUCGAGAUUUACUCAACCCAGGCGUGCAUGCGUAUGUGUUUCUACGCCAAAUUAAUGAGCAGUCAAAAGUACAUAGCUGAAGUACAUAAAAAUACAUAACUUCUAUGUUUGACUCUCUUGACUUUCAUUUGCCGAAUACAGGCCAAACCUCAUUCACCCUGGUCAAUUUAUCUGUGUACUUAACUCUGUUGUUUUGUGACUUUGUCCAGGACAGCGUUGAGACCAGAUUCAUCUCUGGAGGUAGAGGAGUAAGUGACUGACACACCAUGCUCUUAUGUGUCAUCUCUAGUUACACAGAUCCUAAAUAUAGCAGUUUAAAAAAAAAAAUCAAUGUGCUACAUAAUACAGAAGCUACUACUGGGUAAGAUUGAGAGAAAUGAGCGCAACUGUCUUUACAACCAUAUAUUAUAAAAUUGACUAGAAAUGGAAGGGCUGGGAAUUGCCAGGGACAUCAUGAUACGAUAUUAUCACAAUACUUAGGUGCCGAUAUGAUGUAUUGCAAUUCGAUACUGGGAUUUUUUGGCAAUUUAACGUUCUAAACAUUGCUCACCAUAUGUCUGCUGCAAAGGGACAAGAGAAAAUUAGUUUUGAUCAGUCAUAGAAAUAUUGUUAGUGCUGAAAACAAAUGAGCUCCCUUAUUAAAAAGAAGGUUGAAGAACUAGUUAUGAAGGAAAAAUACUGGAAUUUUGGUGCAGGUACAGACAACUAGCGCAAAAUAUAUUGUGAUAAUGUCGAUACGAUAUAUCGUAAAAAUAUGUUCACCUCAGAUAGAAAUGGUCCACAGGGUUAUUUCAGUUUAAGUGGAAAGUUACAGAUAAAUCCUGCUUUUUAUAUUCUUGUCACUUGAUUGAAUGGAGAAUAUCCUCUUGUGCUGCCAUAAUAACAAUGUGGAUUUCCUGCCUUUGUUUCCUCAGCGUAUUCACAAGUCACUGAAUCUCAGUAAUAUGUCGGUCUAACCACUAUCCUAAAGUUAAUUUACACCCCUCCCUCAACCUUAUCCCUGCCUUUCCACUCUGUUUGUCUAAAUGCAGGAAUUUCACAUGAUGGAAUAUUAUUUCAUAGAAUAGUUAUUUUCCAAUUGUCCAUGGAGAUUGUAUCUCUCAUUCACCCCUUUGCACUGUCAGGAGGACCAAUGUCAGUAUCAGGUGUGCAGGUAGUCAAAUCAAAGUAUGGCUAUCUCCCUGUCUCUCUCAACAUUGUUAUCCCCCUGUUUCUCUUCCCUUCAGCUUCAGUAAGCAGCUCCAGGAGACCGUAAGAAUCCUGGUCCCUAAGUGUGACAUCACUUUCCUCGUCUCGGAGGAUGGCAGUGGAAAAGAGCACUGCCAUGGUAAUGGCGGUGGCACAGAAGCUGGCCAUAUCGCCCCGACUGUUAGAGGACAGCAGAGGAGGAUGAGGAAGAUGGAAAUUAAUGUUAGGUCAGAGGAGGCAUACUGGAAAGACUACUUGAAAUGCAGCACCAUAAAAAUGUCCCCCCUCAAAUGCUUUUGUUGUACGGUACAUCCUAAACAGCUCACUCACUUUCUCCUACUCUAUGGAAAUGAAUGAAUUCAUUGAGGUUAACUUUUUUACAGUAGGCUAUUUUUUGUUGUUGUACAUGGUUAACUUUCAGUGAGGAAAUUCCCUUUUUUUCUUAAACUUCUGUGUGAAAUAUGUAUUAUGUAUAACAAAUGUUACAUUAUUUUAUACUAGGAUGAAAACUUGUAAUGGGUAAACUCACUGUAUUGCUAGUAUAUUUAGAGACCAAAUAUUUAAUACUUGGACAUCACUGCAGCUAUAUUUGAAUGGCAGCUUGGUAAUACAAUUAGUCUUGAAGUAAAAAUCUAUGAAUUUCAUGGUCAAGCCAAGUUCCACAGAAUGGAAAGAGACACAUGCUCACGCCCCCUGUUGGAGAAACUGUACAAAGGAACAUCAGGUCAUUAAAUCAAUGUUUUCCGCAAAAUUAUACAACUUUAGAAUAUUCAGUCACUCUUAAACAACAGACACCUUUCUGAACACGUGUUAUGUUAAUCAAAACUUACUGCAAAUAAAGAUGGCUAGCAUUUGAUAUUGAUACAAUGUUGCACUGUACAUUUCCCUGCACCCCCAGUAGGCUAGUAGUUCUGUUGCACUUCUUCAGCCAUAACACGUGAUUGUCUUUGCUCACCUUUUCUCCCAGUGUGGUAUAGUGUAAAAUACAAGUCACGAUAACUUAAAAUGAUCACCAGGCGUUUGUCUCCAUGGUUAUACCCGAGGACCCGGACUGACCAGUUCAAUGAUUGCUAUUAGGCUACACUGUUAGAAAAAUAAAAUAAGGACUAUUACAGGCAUGAACAACAAUGAUUUCAGAAUGGAAAAAUGUCCUCCCAUUAAAAAUAUCCACUUUCAUAUUAACAAUAACUUAGGCUACUCUCGCAAACAGUUUUGGCCACACCUAGAUCCUGUCCUAUUUUCAUAAAAAAGAGGGGCCUUUUCUUGUGCAUUUGUUGUGUGCCGGUGAGUACCCGGCUGUGUAACUUGAGAGGGAAUAAGGGAAUGUGGGGCUGCAAUGGAGCAGAAUGCAAUACAGUGGUUAGGUGCUCCCUCCUGCCUGCGUGGAUCCUUUGCCUUCUAUAAGUCAGUGAGCUGUGAGGCCUUGGCUGGCGCCCCUGCACUGGUCUGGAAACUGGGGGAGUUCUACUAUGUCCGCUGUGGCCCCCAAGAACCUGUGUGCAUUGCUGAGGUGACUUUACUGUGGGAGGACCUGGCCCAACGCCAUCUACUGGCCAGCUCCAGACUCUACUUCCUCCCUGAGGAUACUCCCAAGGGCAGGACCAGAGAGCAUGGAGAGGAUGAGGUGUUGGCUGUCUCGAAGAAGAUAGUGGUGCGGGUGGAGGAUCUGGUGAGGUGGACCUGUCCUGAACCUCCAGGAUGGAAAGGAGGAAGCCAGAAGUCCAGCGAGACCAACAGUCAUCACAAACAUACCCCCAUCAUUACCAAUGGACCCCCAGCAUCAAUCGAAGAGAAGGGUGAGCGUCUGGGGGUCAAGGUGCUCAGUUACCCCCAGUACUGCCGCUUCCGCUCCCUCCAGAGACGCAUUCAGGACGGGGUGGUGUUGGGGCUGCAGGAUCCCCAUCUGCUGGCCCUGGGGGGGAUCAGGGUGGCCCAACACGACACCCAGGUCCUCUACUGCAGGGACACCUUCAACCACCCCACCCUGGAUAGCAAUACCAGUGUCUGGACACAGCUGGGAUGCACUUCCCUCAGCUUGAAGGGGCGACCCCUCAAGAGAAGAGGAAGGCCAGAAGGCCAGAAAGCUGUGGAGCCACCAGCCCUCAACCAAUCAGAGUCCUGGAUAGAAAGAAUAACGGAAAAUGUGGUGGGCAGUGUGGAGAUGCAACGUGAGGAGGGCUGUCUCCCCCACCCUGAGGAGCAGAUGUUCCUGGAUCAACUCUACUGCUACAUGGAGCGCUGCGGCUCACCCAUCAGCAAGGUGCCCAACCUCGGCUUCAAGAAGAUUGACUUGUUUGUCAUGUACUCUAUAGUCAAACAGUUGGGGGGCCAUGAGAGGGUGACAUCCCAGCGUCUGUGGAAGAAAGUGUAUAAUGAACUGGGAGGAUGCCCGGGCAGCACCAGUGCUGCCACCUGCACCAGGAGGCACUAUGAGAGGCUGAUUCUUCCUUACGAGGAGCACAGAAAUGGAGGUGGUGCAGAACCAAAACUCCCAGCAUUCUCUGGGCAUACCCGAGUUAGGGCGAUGAGUGGGAGGAGACCGCUGGUGAAGGGGAGAGGAGCAGAGGCCAACCUUGAGAAGACUGUAACCCCUACCCCUCCAACCAUUUCUCCAGACGGUGUGGUGGUAGUGAAGAGAGGCCGUGGUAGACCUCCAGGCAAAAAGAACCAGGUCAAACUCCUAGUCUCCAAGGCCAGUCCAGUGGUCCUGUCUCCCCCAGCUAAACCUAGCCUGGACCUCGGGGCCCAGCCCCCUCUCCAGGCCCCCUCUCUCGAGUCCCUGUCUGUGUUCCAGGGGCUAAACCUGGCCAACCUGCCACUAACCCCAGACCUGUCUCCCAUCUCUUCCCCCUUCCUCCUGCCCAAAACCGAAAGGGAGGUAAAGAUGGAGAACGGGGAUUCUCCAGCACCAUCACCCACUCUGUCUCCUGCCACUUUCUUGCCUGCUCUCCCCAGGCUCCACACAGGGGGGUCCUUCGAAGGGUUCAGCCCCACUAAAGGCCUCUGUACCCUUGAUCUCUUUAGGAGCCGACUGGGCCUCACUAGCCUGGACACCCCUGGUCUAACCCCCCAGAACCCUGCCUCCCACCAGCCCGCCAGCUUUUACCUCCAGGCCAAGACAGGGAACCCAAACACCACCCUUCUCAAUGGGAACCAGCCCCACCCAGAGUCUCACCAUCAGUCCCACCACCAGUGCUGGGGGUGCAGGCUGGAUGAGGAAGCCCAGAGGGGGGGUAGCAGCAGCACCAGGGAGGUCCGUAGCAGCAGGCCUCCCCUGCCCCCUCUCCGGGUCCUCCCCCUGGAUCUGGACUGCAGCCUGCAGGUGCGCCAGCUGAUGCGUACGCGGUUGGGCUCGGCCCAGCUCUACUCUAUCACCAAGCGGCUGUCGGAGGUCUUAGCCAAGGACCUGAGUAGCAAGCCACAUCUGUCUGUCACCCCUCCCCCAGAGCAGGCCCUGCCCCUCAACCUCAGCAAGUGCUCCACCACCAAAAGAUCUGCCUUUGAUGAAACUGACUACAGGAUGUCUUCAGGGGAUCAGGAUAAUGGUGACUCCACACUCCCCUUAGCUAAAAGUCGUAGAGUGGAGUCGUGUGAUGAGGCUGAGGACUUGAGCUCACCCAGCAGGGCCAGGGCUUUCCUCCUGGAGCUGCCGCAGCAGACCACUAUCAGCCCAGACACCUCUACUACACCUACCCAGUUUUUCCUCACCAAGUCUGGGGAGGCCUGGGGAGACACCCCCCUGGAGAACCAGGGCAGGAAUUCUAACUCUGAGCCAGCAAUCCAGGUGAAGGUGGAAGAGGACCUGAGGGAGAGAAGCUUGGUGGAGCCUGAGGGAGACUGCUCUGUAAGGACAAAGCAGGCGACAGUGGAAGAGGGAGAAACUGUAAAGAUGGGUAGGGAAGAAGAGAAGAUUGACGAGGUUGAUACCGUUAUCAUUGAGGAUGGUGUACAAACGCAAUCAGAGAAAGAUGAGAUGGAGGGGAGGAAACUAGAGAGGAUAGAAAAACAGUGUAAUACCAUAAAGAUGGGCGGCGGCAUAUCAGAGAUUAUGACGGGGACUGAGGAUUCCUUAGCCCACUCUGCCAGUGACUCUGGGGGCCAGCAGGUGCCAAUGGAUGAUGAGGAGAUGGAAUGUGAUGUUGAGGCAUCUAUCAAAGGGCUGCCCAGUCCUAUCCUACCCCCAACCCAGGCCCAGCCAAGCUGCCUGAACACCUGCACACAACCUCAACUGCACAUAACAUACUCAUGACCAACACCAACAAUCACUACACCACUCUACCUUAUGGGAGGAUACUCUCAAACACACAAUCAAAGAUGAAUCCUAUAAACUCUGUAACGACACACACAGACUUUGAAACACUGCCAUUGCCUUUAGAUGACACCAUUAUAUUGUUCUGUAUAGUACUAUGCAUCAUACAACUUUCGUGCUUCCAACAUUAUUAUACAAAAAUUAGAGUGCAGAGGUUUUUACAACAAUCCACCAAUUUCCUGAAAAGGAUUGGAUAAAAGAUGUGCCUUAAAGCUGUUGUGCUCUGAUUUCUAGUCAUUCACACAGUACAACAGCCAGGGGUGUAUUCAUUGCCAAAUGGGAAGGGACCCAUCUGAAUUUGUACAAUAGAAACUAGUUGUCAUUGCAAACCAUUUUUCCAUUGUGAAAUGCUUUGCUACAAUGUGCACUAAUGAAUACACCCUAUGAAACAGUGUUUGAGUCCUAUAUGUACUUCCUGUUUGCAAGUCUUUAACACUGACAGGAUUUGCACACCUACUGUACUUGUUCCUUUUUUUCUUUCUUUUAUGAGGCAGUCAUUUAUGAAUAUUUCCUCUGAUGCCAAUUUUGAGGUAUUUUAAUGUUUAUGUCUAGUUUAGAGAAACAAUGCUGACACCACUUGAUGUUUUUAGUCCUUGGUGCCUUGAUCAGAGUUUGACCCCAGUAAGUCUGUCAGACAGUUGGUAUGUUGUGUAUGGAUCUGGGGUGUACUCUGAUCUGAUUUAGAGUAGCAGGGGAAUUCUAUUGACUACAAGAACCAAAGGCCUUUCAUAACUCGUUCAAUAGAGAGAGUACAAGUUUUCGGUUGUGCUUUAUAGAUUUUUCUAAAUUAUUUUAAAGAUAUAUCCCUGUUGAUAUAUCUGGAUCAAAAAUUGUAGCUAUUUGUGGUUCAUCCUGUUAGUGUUGAGUGUCUCCUCAUUGCAGCCUGAUGUAUUUCUUUAUGUAUAAAACGGGCAAAAUGGUGAAAGGGCCACAUUGGGUGAGUGGGCAAAAUGUUCUAGUUGAGCUACACAUCAUUUUGGUGUGAUAAGUUCCUCAUUGAGUUGAAUAGGGUUUAGGUAUUUAGUUAAAUUAUUGUUUGUGUAGCUUUUUGAUGUUAUUUUUGAUCAUUUAGAGUUUAAGAUCAAAUGUUUACAUUCAAAAAUGCAACUACUAAUAUUAAGUUGAUUUUGUAUCUUUAGUGCUUUGCACAUGGUCAGACUGGUACUGUAUUAGAGUUGGUUCACAGUAUACCUACUUCUGGAAUGAGAACAAGAGUCUAUCUUCAUUCAACUAUGGUGGACUUAAAGCGAAUCUCUGCUACUUUUUUAUACUUUUCAGCCAGUAGUUCUGAAAGUAGCACUUAUGUGCCAAAAGUAGUCCUGGAAGAUUGCGUACUACGUUACAUAUGCAGAUAUGUGCGACACUUCAUUGCUCGCACUCACUCUCUCUCUAUUAAUCUCACUCACUGAGCUGUUGGGCCCACCCUGCAACCUCAUUGGAGAACACUGGGCAGGCCUAUUGCUAGCUGUCACAUUGCUAACGGAGGUAAAACAGUAAUUCUGCUCAUAAAUUAUGCAUGUAUGAACUACACAUUGACACAUCCAUCCCAAAGCGGGAGGAUUACAAAAUACUUUCUUAGUUGCCAAAGUACCAGAGAAUGUCUUUUAAACUAUUCUUAGAAAAAUAAAUAGCAUAUGGAAUUGAUUUCCAGUUGACUCCGAUCUACUGUCUCUUAUACCCCCCCCCCCCCCCCCCAUUUAUUACUUGAACAACUGCUACAGAGUUAAUGUCAUGUAGUUAUAUCUCUUUAAACCUGUGUAUCAGUUGAGCUCAUCUUGCUCAUGGCAGACAUCUGUCUCUGGUAUUCUUUUCACUGUAUGUGAGAGUAAGACCAGUGCACAUCUUGACUCCUGUACUCUGACAAUUGAUAAUAUGGUAAUUUCAACCAUUUUUGUUUUAACACUGUAUAUUUAUAUUAAAUAUGUAUCUGUUAACAGGUGGGGGUUGCAGAUUUUUGUAUGAGUGUAUAUGUCUUUGAGGGGUGUUUUUUCAAUUUCAGACACCGAUUAAGUCUAAUCCUGUACUAAAAUCUGUUUCUUGGAGAUUUUCCUUUGAUCUUGUGUUUUAGAUUAAACCUAGUCCUGGACUAUCUGGGAACCACCCCUACUGUAUGAAAAUGUGUCAGUCUCUUUCACGAGGCAUGAUGUAUAGAGACCCGCAGUUUCCUAAAAUGACUACUAGAUGGAGACAACACCAGCACUGUCCUAUGACAGGCCUGGCGACGCAUUCUACAGUCCUAAAGGGGAGGAAGGAUACUCUAUGCUAGCCUACAGAAGAAGUAAGGGCUGAGUUUGCUUCAGAGCUAAACAGAUCAGUGCAGAUACAUUCCAUCAUUUAACAGCCCAGAGAUCUUGACUAGAUAUGAGCUUCAGUGGGCCAUGCACUUGGGCAUGUGUCAAAAUGCCGACCUUCAGCUAUAAUUUGACAAAGUGUAAUGGUAACUGCUAGGCCUACAUGUGUCAGGAAUCACAAACCAUUUACUGAGACCUUCCAGAAAAAUGGAUGUGUGUUUGGGGGACUAGCCAAUCUUAUUAAACAUAUAAAA